AUGAUGAGCUUGGCCCACCCUCUGCGCACCGAUGCCCCUCAAAAAGUUGUAGAAUCACCCCGUAGAACUGGAAACAGAGCCCAAAGGCCGAACAAUCGUACGUGUGUCUGGUUUUUCUAUCUCCUUUCUAGUGUACGGCAGUAGAAACAAGUCGGAGUCGCCGGCCCCCGGCCAACGAAGCCUAACUGGCGAUCCUUAUUAUCAGUCUGCAGAACAGCAGGCUGAAUUCAAGAAACUCGAGGAGUCACUAAUUAAAAAAAGUGGCACAAUACGUUUUGGAAAAGAGGUGUGCUAUGUUUUUAGUGCUCAUGUUUUUGUAGCAAAUUCGCGCUACCAAAGACGACUUUGUUCACAUGAAAUGUCUGGGCUCCGGAACUUGCGGUGUUGUUAAUCAGAUGCGUCAUAGGUCUCGUCCGGAAUUGAUUAUGGCUGUGAAACAGAUGCAGGUUUCCUCAAGUUAUUCGAACGAGAACAAGCGUAUCAUGAUGGAUUUGGACGUGAUUACCAAAUGCAGUGGCUGUCCUAACAUCGUCCAGUGCAUGGGCAUAUUCUUUUCCAGAGUAAGUUUUUCCCUUAUCACUAUUCUCACCCGUUAAAUUAAUAGAGUGAGGUCUGGAUAUGCAUGGAGGUUAUGUCAACAUGCCUUGAUAAAUUACUAAAGGAUCUGAAACAACCAUUUCCUGAACACGUUCUUGGAAAAAUCGCUGUUUCGGUAAGCGACUUUGUGCGAUGUUAUUUUGUCACAGAUAAUCAAAGCUCUAGACUAUCUCAAAGUGAAUCACAACAUGAUGCACAGAGGUUCGGUCCUUUUCUUCUCUUCAUUUCCUUGUAGACAUAAAACCCUCCAACAUGCUUAUUAGUUCAAACGGAGAGGUGAAGCUGUGCGAUUUCGGAAUCAGUGGACAGUUAAAGGAUUCAAUUGCUAAGUCAAGCCAGUUGGGGUGUAUCGGUUACAUGGCCCCUGAGCGAUUGGAAAAGCACCAAUACGAUGUCCGGGCAGACAUAUGGUCGCUCGGCAUUUCUCUCAUAGAACUUGCGACAGGCCAUUUCCCUUACGGCGGCGUCGAUUUUGAAAUCGCCAUAGUCAGCAAAAUUCUUCAUGAUCCUCCACCAGUUCUCCCAGUGGAUGGGAAUUUUACCCAGGAUUUCCGUUCCUUUAUGCAGAAAUGGUAUGUUAACACGAGUUACCAACAUUAAGUUUGUUACGAAUUUGAGUACUUUCGUAGUAUGUGCUCUUUGUUCUAUGAGUACGUUUUUGUGGCCUCUCGACUGACUUGCACCCCUAUCAAUUUUUUAAAUCUGUCUGUCGGACCCACGAUCCUUUAGAGUGAGAAUGUGCUUAAAUUUCGUUUUCGGGGAAUAGCGCACUUUGGAGUUAUAUUUGAUGCCCUUGCCGCUGUCCUGACUUGUGUGUAACAAAACUGGAUUUAAAUGUUUUAGAACAGUUCUUGAUCAACAAAUUAGUUUCUUUCGUCAUGGGGUUUUUAAUGCCUCUAGUAUCAAUUUUUAGCCUUACUACAGAGCUUGAAGUUCAUUUCGAGGCCACUGUAACUGCUACUCAUUCGUUUUCCAUUUUCAGUCUGACACGGAAUCAAACAGAUAGACCAAAGUACCCUGCACUCAAGCGUACGGAAUUUUUCCUCAAACACGACGUUUACCCUCAUAAUGUAAAUGAAUGGUACACUAAUCUAGCAAUCAAACAUCGCAAUGAGGCAACACAAGAGGCUACGUUUGAUUCCACCGUCCCAUUUUGGCAGUUACUGGGGUCGCCAGCUAGUUCACCCGCCUCAACCGUUACUCCAAGUUCGGACAUAAAUCAUACUUUCGACUCGACCGAACUCCUUAAUCGAGCUGGUGAUAGCGUCGAAGAUUGUGCCGAGGGUCCUUCAUCCUCAUUUAUUGAACCUCUAUCAACUGAUCCACCACGAUUUUUGACUCAGAAGUCCAUGCCGUCCAAGCAAGCUGCAGAAUCACACCUGGCUGAUGAACCUAGCAAACCAGGCCCCAACGCCAGUGCAUUUUCACUUCAGUCAUUAUUGAGGUCACAGGAAUCAUCAGGAUACGGAUCUGCCAGCUCCAACGGCUCACCUGGCUGUCAUUUGUGCCGUCCCAACGCUACUGCACCCACAAAUGCAAAUUCUCAUCGAUCUUCGGUCACUUUGGACUUGGAUUCUUCACAAGCGAAUCAUAACUGUGAAAAGUUCUCUACUCCCGCUAACAGUACCACGCAGGUGACCUUACGUGUUAACGGGCGCCCCCGACAAUCUGUCUUUGAGUCCAGACGCAAUGCAGUUUAUAAUCCAGGGGAAGGAACUGUUGUUGAAUUUCGUGACCAUGGACAGAGCUCAUCCAUUGGUUUGGCUGAGAACAAUAGUUCCGAUCAGUGGAAUGCGCCUCCCUCGGCUUCCCCCAUUCUCUUCCCGUACAACGCCUCAGGAGGCCAUAUUCUCAUGUCACGAUAUCCUUACGCCCUUUCUCAUGAUCCAGUGGCGCCAUCCCAACCCCAUUAUUCCUACACUGCCCCAAACUCCUCCGGCACACACUCUCGUCCCUCAGUUCUCCCGGUGAGUAUUACUCCACCGCCCACUUCAAGACUUAACUCGGGCGCAGGACCCUCCCGAAAUCCCGACGCAGUUGACUCCGAAGCUUUUUUGGCCUACAAUAUAGGCCCUAGCUUUUCGCGUGCAAACAACCACACAUCACCCUACGGUUGUUUGGACUGUCGCAAUCAAGUUGGAAGUACUGUCGCGCGUCCGGUCACCCUCUCUCGACCCCCUCGUUCGGCCUCAGCUUCUGGUCGUAAGUUGCAUAGGGCCCCAGCCUGCAGAUGGCCGGCGAUGCCAUAUGAUGUACAGAUGGCCACUUCAGGCCUUAAUCCUGUCUUCACAUUUGUACCCAACUCCGCGUGCCGUUCGGAGAAGGACAGCCCAAAAACUACUGUGCAGACUGCACUGCCUCCACCGUCCCAUGGACCGACAAUUUCCGGUGCAACACCCGAGACUUCUCAACCAACUGAGCCCCAACAAUAUCAUCAUCAAUAUUUUUGGUACGCCCAUCAGACUAAACCACUUGACGGCCGUUCUAUUAGUGUUGCCUCCCCGCCUCCCUCCACAACACCUGGCUCAAUUUGUGCCACCACAACGACUUCCCCACUCGCUCCGCCGAGUGAUUUUAACAAGUCAGUAGCUGCUGCACAGUCACCGUCUUCUCCACUCCCGCCCCAAUCCGCCUUAUCGGCACCCAGUCCCCUCGCCCGUCGGUAUUGUCGGGCAGGUAACAGUGGCGGAAUAGUGUGCGCCAGCGGUGACCAUCAGGCCGAGUCUAAUCUCUUUUUCCCCGAACUACGCUUGCCAUACAACCGCUCCUCUUCACAACCAGCUCCACUUCGAAAUAUCCCCCUGUAG